AUGACAGACAUAACAGACGUGAAGAUGGAGGAGAGUAUGAUCGAGUACAAGGAGGCGGAAAACGAACACACCGACUGGGACUUCCCGCCCAACCUGGCCAACUACCCCGAGCCGCCAACAAUUGCACUCAUCCAGCAAGGCUAUGCUCUGCUUGAUGACGACAAAGCCUUGAGCAAUGUCCAGGCACUCAAGGUUGGCUGGCGCCAGGUUCUCAACUGUGCACCCUUUAUUCUUUCAUGUAUUGGUCAAGGGUACGACUCUGGUGCUGCUUCAAUCAUUGCUUCCAUGCCUUCAUUCCUGGUGGACUUUGGCUCUCCCAAACCCGGCGAUCCAACUGCAAACUAUGUACCUUCCCUGUGGUUAUCCCUUUGGAGUGCCUUUGUCACCCUGGGAAUGGCCAUCGGCGCCGUUUCAUGUGGUACCCUCGUUGACCGCUUUGGCCCUCGCCGCACCUCCAUGGUCACCAGCACCCUCAUGAUCGCGGCCGUUUCGCUGCAGUGUUUUGCAGUCAACCGCAUCAUGCUUUUGUUUGGCAAACUCCUCGCGGGUAUCCCCAUGGGCAUCUUCAUCGUCUCGGCGAGCAACUUCAUCUCCGAGUCGGUCAACAUGAAGCUCCGUGCGCCGCUCUCGUCACUUAUUCCCUUCUCCACCAGUAUUGGAUUGGUCUUUGGCCUGACGACUGGAAACAUGAACCUCGGCCAAAUGGUUGCCUGGAAAUCAUGGCGCAUGACUCUGGCGUGCCAGUACAUUUUCCCAGCUCUCACUGUCCUUGGCCUCAUUUUUGCUGCCGACUCUCCCGUCUACGCGGUGAGGCAGGGGAAGCCCGCAGUGGCUCGCAAGAUGCUCGGAAAGCUUUACGGCAUCAAGGACGUGGAAGUCAUCAACGCUCGUCUGGCGGCCAUCCAGCACACUGUAGCUGCCGAGGAGAUGGCUCACGAGCACUACGGCAACGCCGGCUGGGCCGAGCUGAUGUCGAACCCGGUCGACGCUAAGCGCACGCUCACCAGCGUCGGUGUUUGGGUUGCUCAGGUCAUGGGAGGCAUGUCUUUCCUUGCCCAGGGAAUCUACUUCCUCUCGCAGCUUGAUAUCGAAUUUACAGUCAUUUUCGGCAUCACAGCUGGACUUGCAUCUCUCAGUGCGGUGGUCUCUUUCUUCACUGGCUACAUUAUUGAAUUUCUGGGUCGCCGCACCGUCUUCGUGUACGGAAACAUUGCACACACCUGCGUUUUGAUCGCUAUCGGCGGUUUGGGCUGGGCGAGUUCCCAGAAGGCGGGAUGGGCGCUGGCACUCCUUAUGAACCUCGCACUGUCCACGCAGGGCUUUGCGGUCAACGCGCCGGCAUACACGCUUAUGAACGAGCUGUCCUCUGUCCGUCUGCGUGCAAAGACACAAGCCGUUGCCACAUGUGCUCUCAACAUCUUUGCGUGCGCCUUCAACCUCAUGACCCCGUACAUCUUCCAGACCCCAGGAAACCUCGGCGCCAAGACUGCCCUCAUUUUUGCCGGUCUAAAUGUUUUCGUCGUUGUUUUCGGAUUCCUCUACGUUCCCGAGACGCGUAAUAGGACGGCUGCCGAAAUUGACGUACUCUACGAGAACCACAUCGCUGCCCGCCACUUCGCCAAGACAGACACCGCUGCUCUCAUGCACUAA